AUGGCUACUGGGGGAUUGCUGGGUGCAGAAAACUUUCACCGAUUCACUCCUCAAUCUCUGGCCGCCAUCAAGAAGCGUAUCAUGGCCAAGAGAGACUUGCCACCCACAGAGAAGCUACGGCCCCAGCUUGAUCUUCAGGCAUGCCAGAAAGUCCCUGCCCUUUAUGGAAACCCUCCUGUGGAACUUAUUGCAGAACCCUUGGAAGAUCUAGAUCCCUACUAUCAUGAUCACAAGACAUUUAUGGUCUUGAACAAAGGAAAAACAAUCUUUCGAUUUACUGCCACACGGGCUUUAUACAUCUUCAGUCCUUUCCACCGAAUCAGGCGGAUGACAAUUAAAGUUUUAAUUCAUUCAUAUCCGUUUACUUGGUUUAUCAUGAUCACUAUUUUAACUAACUGCGUAUUCAUGGCUCUUUCGGAUUCAUCACAGACAAACAGCAAAGAGAACUCUUCAAGCAAAUACGUUGAGUAUACUUUCACUGGAAUUUAUACUUUUGAAUGUCUGAUCAAGAUUCUGGCAAGAGGGUUCUGCUUGAAUGAGUUCACUUUCCUCCGGGACCCGUGGAACUGGCUGGAUUUCAGUGUCAUCGUGAUGGCGUAUAUAGGAGAGUUUAUUGAACUUGGAAAUGUCUCUGUUCUUCGGAUGUUCCGAGUGUUGAGAGCUUUGAAAACAAUUUCCAUUGUCCCAGGUUUGAAGGUCAUUGUUGGAGCUUUGAUCCAAUCGGUGAAGAAACUCACAGACGUCAUGAUCUUGACUGUUUUCUGUUUGAGCGUCUUUGCCCUUAUUGGGCUCCAACUCUUCAAGGGACACCUGAAACAGAAAUGUGUCAGGAACUAUACAGAAUUUAUCAAUCAGAGCAUAAGUAACAUUUCCUAUGAGGUUUUCACCAACACUGCAGAAAAUUACCAACUGAAAAAUGGCACUGAAGACUUUUUGUUGUGUCGCAAUGGCUCAGAUGGAGGGUCCUGUCCACCACAAUACGUGUGCCUGAAAGUCGGAGAUAAUCCUGAUUUUGGCUUCACCAGCUUUGAUACUUUUGGUUGGGCUUUCCUCUCCUUAUUCCGCCUCAUGACGCAGGACUACUGGGAACGCCUCUACCAACAGACACUAAGAGCAUCUGGGAAGAUUUACAUGCUGUUUUUCGUGCUGGUCAUUUUCCUGGGCUCGUUUUAUCUGGUCAAUCUAAUCUUAGCUGUGGUCACCAUGGCUUAUGAGGAACAGAGCAAAGCCACCAUCGCUGAAACAGAGGCCAAAGAGAGAAAAUUCCGGGAAGCCAUGGAAAUGCUAAAAAAAGAACAAGAGGAAUUAAACGCCAGAGAAAAUGACAGUAUGUCUCUUAGCUCCUUUGAAGUGUCUCCAGCAUCUAAGGAAGACAAAGAACGAAGCAACCGAAGAAAGAAAUUGUCCUUAGGAAUGGAAGAUUCGGGCCCAGCCUCAAAUGACAAUCAUCGAAAAACAAUCUUCAGCUAUGGUUAUGGGCCUUCUUCAAACCCAGCAAAACGGAGGCCAAGUCAUGGGAGUGUCUUCAGUUUCCAUCUAUCAGGGAAAGAGACUGGAUCCAAGACUGAAUUUGGGGAUGACGAAUCCAACAGCGUUGGGGAUUUGGAGCUACAACGUGGGUCUGUUUUGCCUUCGCGCAUAGUAAGGCGCCCAAGCACCCAAAGUCAAGCCAGCUAUGGAUCACAUCCAGCUACUCCUAACUACAUGCAGUCCAGUAGAUGGAACGCCGGAGAUGAUUGCAACGGGAUGAUCUCCUUGGUGGGACCUGGUGGAAUGAGGUCUUUGAACAUGGAACCUCUUUCAGGAGAAGGCAUGUUGCUGCCUCCUGUUAUGGAAAACCCCAAAAUGAGCAGCCAAAUGUCUUUGUAUGAGGAAGCUAACAAGAUGGUCCGAGUUCAUCGAUUGUCCGUUGAUUAUUACAACCAGCCGCUUCAGAGGCAACGGGCAGCGAGUGCGGUCAGCAUUAUCACCAGUGUCCUUGAAGAGCUUGAAGAAUCAGAUCGAAAAUGGCCUCGCUUCUUGAACAAGUUAGCUCGCAAGUAUUUUAUCUGGAAUUGUUGCCCUCUGUGGCAGAAAAUAAAGAAGAAAGUGGGUGUUAUUGUAAUGGAUCCCUUUACCGAUCUCAUCAUUACACUUUGCAUUGUGAUGAACACUCUUUUCAUGGCCUUGGACCACUACAAAAUGACCCCCCAGUUUGAACAAGCUCUUUCAAGUGGUAACAUGAUUUUCACCGCGAUUUUCACGGCAGAAAUGAUCCUGAAAAUCAUCGCCAUGGACCCUUACCAUUAUUUUCAGCAGCGCUCAAAUGUCUUUGACAGCGUGAUUGUCCUGAUCAGCAUAAUUGAGCUGAGCACGUCUACCGAGACGAAAGAGAACAAGAAAGGAAAGAAAGGCGGGAAAAAGGGCAGCUUUUCUGUCCUGAGAACCUUGAGGCUGAUGAGAGUCUUCAAGCUGGCAAAGUCUUGGCCCACCUUAAAUACCCUCAUAAAAAUCAUCUUAAAUUCAGUGGAUGCUCUGGGCAACCUCACCCUGGUCCUGGCUAUUAUCGUCUUUAUUUUUGCUGUAUUUGGGAUGCAACUGUUUGGGAGCAGUUAUAAAAUCUCCUGCAAGAAGUUAGAUCCCGCUUGCAAACUGCGCUGGCACAUGGAGGAUUUUUUUCAUUCUUUCCUCAUUAUCUUCCGAAUCCUGUGUGGGGAAUGGAUUGAGACCAUGUGGCACUGCAUGGUGGUAGCUGAGCGGUCCCUGUGCCUGCUGGUCUUUGUGAUGGUGAUGGUGAUUGGGAAUUUAGUGGUUCUCAAUUUGUUCAUCGCCCUUCUGCUGAAUUCCUUCAGUACUGAUAAUCUCAAUCAGCUCCCAGAAGAUGACAGGGAGACCAACAACUUGAAGAUUGCCUUUGCUAGGAUCCACAGAGGGCUUCAUGUUGCAAAACAGGCCACGUUGAGCAUUUUCUUCCGAGCGCUGGGAUGGAAGAGGAAAGCAGCCACCAAGAAAGUAAAAUGUGACUUGGAGAAAAGUGAGGUAGAACUGAGAAGCGAUGGUCAUAAUUCCAAAGAGGGUCACAGCAGCCCCCGAGUGAGUGAGAAGAACAACCAAGAUGACUUCAUCUCCAAUCCCAAUGUGUUUGUCUGUGUUCCGAUUGCUCAUGUGGAAACUGAUAGCGACGCCUCAGAAGAUCUGGGCUCAGUCGUGGAGACAGAGUGCACGAAGCAGCAGGAAAACCAGUUGCGCUUGAGGGGAGAAAAGGCCAAAAGCUGUGAAGUCUGGAGCCGGACGUCAGAAAUUUCUAUCCCUGAAGAAAGAAAUGGAUCUUCGCUGUCCAAGGAAAAAGCGAAUGCCGACUCAACCAGUUGUUCAGAAGGCAGCACUGUGGAUCUGACAGACCCAGAUGAAUUCGUGAAGAACAACUCUGAGCUCGAUGAGGAUUUCAAGCAGCCAGAUAAUUGUUUCCCAGAAAGAUGUGUUCGCCGUUAUCCUUGGUGUUCCGUGAAUACUACAAAGUUUCCAGGGAAAACAUGGUGGAAUUUAAGAAAGACAUGUUACCAAAUUGUGGAACAUAACUGGUUUGAAAGCUUCAUUGUGUUCAUGAUUUUGUUAAGUAGUGGAGCGCUGGCAUUUGAAGACAUUUACUUGAGCGAAAGGAGGAAUAUUAAAACCAUGCUGGAUUAUGCUGACAAAAUCUUCACCUACAUAUUUGUCUUAGAGAUGUUGCUGAAAUGGGUGGCUUAUGGAUUCCACAAAUAUUUCACCAAUGCUUGGUGCUGGCUUGAUUUCCUGAUUGUAGAUAUCUCCCUGAUAACUCUUAUAGCACCUUUGCUUGGAAAAUCGGAGAUGGUGCCCAUGAAAUCUCUCCGUACAUUGCGAGCUUUGCGACCGCUAAGAGCCCUGUCUCGAUUUGAAGGGAUGCGGGUGGUAGUCAAUGCCUUGCUUGGAGCCAUUCCUUCCAUUAUGAAUGUGCUGCUUGUCUGCCUGAUUUUUUGGCUCAUCUUUAGCAUUGUUGGAGUCAGCCUGUUUGCCGGAAAAUUUGGAAAAUGCAUUAACCGGACUGAAACAAAUAGCGUUAUCAAUGAAAGCGUUAUUUUUCGCAAGUCAGAUUGCAAGAAUAAAAACAGCACGGGACAACUGUAUUGGACCACCGUUAAAGUGAAUUUUGAUAAUGUUGGCCUGGGCUAUUUGGCUCUUCUUCAAGUGGCAACUUUUAAAGGUUGGAUGGACAUAAUGUAUGCAGCAGUUGAUUCAACAGGAGUUGAGCUUCAACCAAAAUGGGAGCACAGCAAAUAUAUGUACAUCUACUUUGUGAUUUUCAUCAUCUUUGGCUCUUUUUUCACUCUGAAUCUUUUUGUGGGGGUCAUUAUUGACAAUUUUAAUCAACAAAAGAAAAAGUUCGGUGGUCAAGACAUCUUUAUGACAGAAGAACAAAAAAAGUACUAUAAUGCCAUGAAAAAACUGGGAUCAAAGAAACCUCAAAAGCCUAUACCAAGGCCAACGAACAAGUACCAAGGAUUCCUUUUUGAUAUUGUGACUCACCAAGUGUUCGAUAUUGCCAUCAUGAGCCUCAUCUGCCUUAAUAUGAUUACAAUGAUGGUGGAGGCAGAUGACCAGUCUCAGGAGAAGAUGCAUGUCCUGAACAAGAUCAACGUUCUCUUUAUCACUCUGUUCACAACUGAGUGUGUCAUGAAGCUGGUGGCCCUGAGACAUUACUAUUUUAUCAAUGGAUGGAAUAUUUUUGAUCUGGUGGUUGUGAUCAUGUCAAUUGUAGGUAACGUGCUUUCUGGGAUUGUAGUCUCUUUCUCACCCACGCUUUUCCGGGUGAUCCGUUUAGUACGGAUUGGACGAAUCCUUCGGCUCAUUCGAUCUGCCCGAGGAAUCCGGACUCUCCUUUUCGCCCUGAUGAUGUCUCUCCCUGCUCUGUUCAACAUUGGCCUCCUGCUUUUUCUGGUGAUGUUCAUUUAUGCCAUUUUUGGCAUGGCCAACUUUGCAUACGUCGUCAGGGAAGCUGGGAUUGAUGACAUGUUUAACUUUGAGACUUUUGGGAACAGCAUGCUCUGCCUCUUCCAGAUCACAACUUCUGCUGGCUGGGAUGGGCUCCUCAGCCCCAUUUUGAACACUGGGCCUCCAUUUUGUAACCCAAAGCUCAACGUUCCUUCAACGUCUUCUAAAGGAGAUUGUGGAAACCCUGCAAUGGGGAUCAUCUUCUUUGUGACUUAUAUCAUUAUAUCUUUCCUCAUUGUUGUGAACAUGUAUAUUGCUAUCAUUUUGGAGAACUUCAACGUGGCCACAGAAGAAAGCACCGAGCCUUUAGGGGACGAUGACUUUGAAAUGUUUUAUGAGGUAUGGGAGAAGUUUGACCCCAAGGCAACCCAAUUUAUUUCAUAUUCUGAGCUGUCUGACUUUGCACACGCGUUAGUGGAUCCCUUGCGCAUCCCUAAGCCAAACAAACUUGAGUUGAUCGCAAUGGAUCUUCCCAUGGUCAGCGAAGACAGAAUCCACUGCUUGGACAUUCUCUUUGCUUUCACCAAAAGGGUUCUGGGAGACUCUGGAGAGAUGGACAUACUGAAGCAACAGAUGGAGGAGAAGUUCAUGGUUGCUAACCCAUCCAGGGCUUCACACGAACCAAUCACCACCACCCUCCGACGUAAGUAUGAGGACACUUCGGCUAUGAUCAUUCAGAAAGCCUUUCGGAGUCAUUUGCUCCAACGUUCCAUGAAGCAGGCCUCAUUCUUACACCGUCACAAAAACUGCGAUGGAGACAUCCUGGAAGAAGAUGCUCCAGAAAAGGAAGGUCUCGUUGCCUUUUUGAUGAAUGAAACUUAUAACCGAAAGAUGGAAGAGUCACAGACACCGUCCUUGGAGUCUAUCCCUCCCUCCUAUCACAGCAUUGCAGGAGACCAGGAUGGUGAUGAUGGAGACCACAAGGGGGUUUGUUACCAGAAAACGGCAGAAUCUUCUAAGAGUGACAAGCUUAGAGAUGGUCAAUUGUUCCCCGAUAAAGACAAGAAAUCCAAUGUUUAAUCAAGGACUUCGGAGCAUAGUAUUAAAAUAAAGAUAAGUUGCAACACAUACUGAGAAGAACUCUUACAUAUCUUAGUUAUCUAAGAGUUGUUUAUCUAACGUUAAAACAUUUAAUACUUUUGACUAUGUUAGGUUUCUGGCAGUUUGACAGCAAGAUGUUACAAACCAUGUUUCUAAUUGAUCUAUUGGGAAUCUGUUGGUCAAGCUGAGAUGAUAAUUUCCUGGCUGCCAUUGAACUAAAAUUCAGCUUCUUUUGUUCAGCAUGGAUCAAGCUGGCAAUCAUAGAACUUUCCCAGAUGUUUCAAUUUCUGAUCAGCUUCUGACUCAUAGUUAUGAUUCUCUGGAACUCCUAACCAAGGAACAGUUUUGAUGCAGAAAGGCAGAAGCUAUGACUCUCAUAACCACCUUUGGAUACAGUUUGAAUGGUAUUUCCCAUACUUUUUGUCUUCAGUAAAAUAAAAUCCAGCUUUCUCUAAAUCAAGAAGUUGAGAAGAAAACUUCUCAAUCCUCAGAUCCUUCUCUUGCAUUUAUUUGUGGUAACUGUGGUAAGAUGGAGAGCUAAUAAAUUUUGCAAAUAAAUAAAUACAUUUGGGGAAAGGACACUUAUGAAAGAGAAAUUUCCAGGAAGAAAACUAAGGUUGGCCAGAUUGCUGCUCUAGAAGACUUUUAAUUCAGAAUGAAUCUUUUGAACUGAAAUGAAAUAAUUUUGAAUGGAGUCAGCAAUGGACAGACUGACUUGCCAUUCAUUUACAGAUAGUCAUUUACAGGUUAUGCAAUGCUGCAACCUAAUUGUUGAUUUAAAAUGAUACAUAAAAUGCUGUUAUUAUUA